UUGGGAGCCCAUAAAAUUGGAACCCUCCCUAGGGCCCACUGUCCAGCCGUCCACCCCCUCCCCCUCUGCAAACCUGGCUCGCCCCCUGCCCUUCUCCCCCUCUCGCUUUCGCUCGCUGCCCAGCCUUUCUCUCGCUCCGUCACUCCUCGCCCUCGCUCUCGCCUGCUCCGUCGACGGUCGCUCGCUGCCUCUCUCUCUCCAUCGCCCGGUCCGUCGGACGUUCGCCCUCGCCCUCGUGGCCUGUGGGCGGUGGCUCGCUCUCCGUCGCUCGCUGCUUCUCUCUCACUCCAUCGCAGUUUCGCACCCUCGCCGGCUCGCCCUCGUGGCCGGUGGCUCUUGCGUCUUGCGUCUUGCGUCUUGCCUCUUGCUCCGUCGCUCGCUGUCGCUGGUCGAUCGCUGCCUCUCGAUUGCCGAUUGGCUUAUCACUCAUCAGUCAUCACUCAUCAGAUUCAGUCUUUCAGAUCUGCUUCAACUUUCUUUCUAUCCGACUUCUUAAUUAGCGGUUUUUACUCUAUUCGUGUUCAAAGCAAAGGGUAAUAUUCGUCAUGCAAUGACUACAGACACAAUUCUUCAAGAUCAAAAGAAACGGGCAUUGGAUGCAUUAGAGAGAAGGUUUGAACUUGCAGAAGCUGAGCUCCGUCUACAACAACAGAAGAACAAAAAGAGACCUCAUGAAGAAAUUAAGGGAACAACCGUUCAUGUGGAUUCUUCUUCUGCAGAAAUGACUAAUGCAUUACUCACACCCUCUUCAAACGCCUCAUUCAAGAAAGGGAACUUUACCUUUUCAGGCUACUCUGGAACACGACAUGUGGAAACAAAUGAUCCAACAUAUUUUCAACUCUCUCAUUCAGUACACGAGAAUCUGCUGCUAACAAAUGCGAAGUGUUAUUGUUUGGAUCAUUUCCUUGGAACUAGGCAGAUUACUGAUAGAGAAGGAAGCACAGUGAAUAAAGUUGUCCACGAACUACUCCAGAGUGGUGAUUCAGCUCAGAAGUACAUGCAGGGAUCCAGAAGCAUGAAAAUUGACAACUGGAUCCUUCUUGAUAAUCUUGUGCAAGGUCGCACGACAUCUCUUGGUUCUCGUGUUAGGGCACUGCAGACUCACUCAAAGCAGCCCAAAAAGCGCAUGUCUAUGAAGCUACUUAAAAAGUGUGGAGCAUUUGAUUUGCCUCAAGAGCAGCACAAGCCAAUGCAUGAAAUGUGGAAUGGCUACAUUAUGCAACUUCUUAAAAAUGUUGGGAAAAAUCAGUUGGCACAAUGUCUCCUCACUGCAGACCUACAUGGUGCAAUGAUUUUAGUUGUUCACUGCAAAGUAGCUGCUUUCACCGGAGUGAGUGGUAUCAUGAUCCGGGAAACUGCAGAAACAUUUGGAAUUAUUACCUGUGACAAUAAAUUUCGAGUUGUACCAAAAAAGCUAUCUGUUUUUGUAUUCCAAGUUGACUGCUGGAAAAUUACAUUGCUUGGGGACAAACUUGCCUCAAGGAAUAUGGGAUCAUGAGUUUGACGUUGGCAGUUCCAUCCUGGUCUAGUGUGCGGGAUAGAACCGAGUGAUAUUGUUGCAUCCGUUGGUGCUUCUUACACACGGAGACAUUCAAAAUUACUUUGGUUGUUGGGAGUAUGCGUUCCUAAUAGCAUAUCACAAAGCCGACUAUAUCUCAUAUUUUACACAAAGCAUGGAUGCCUCCCGGAUGGAGGUUGAUGUGUGGCAUGCGUUGAGGCAUUGGUUGGCAAGGCAACCCGGUCGACGGCCUGAACUGAUGCGGAUGAUUGUCUGAUUUGCGUUCCACAGUCCUUCGAGGUAACAUGCCGAAACACACUAUAUAGCAAUUGUGGUAGAAGUCAUCAUUUAUGCAUUCAGUUUGAUGCCUGGCAGUGGCUUCUUAUGUUCAAUUUUGGAAGAUCCGGAACUGCAAUUUUGAUGAGAAUAUAAUUAUUUAUUUAAUAGGUUUUGUAUGAAUUUUGAAAUUUAGAUUUUAUGACUUUUAUUUAUUUAAAAAAUACUUCACAAGCACAAAAUAUAUUUUUCUACGAGAAGAUGUUUAGGUUGUU